AUUCAUUAAAUGCUUAGCUGUGGUAUCAGAAUGAAGAGUUUAUCCCAGGUCUAUUCAUUAAAUGCUUAGCUGUGGUAUCAGAAUGAAGAGUUUAUCCCAGGUCUACUCUUUGUAAAUCCACCAUGAUGUAUACCCUGAUGAAGCCUCUAUGCUGAAACACUUUGGAAACAGAUAAGUUGAUAUAGUUAAAGUCAUGCCUACUUUGUAAACCAUACGUAACCAAUACAUCCAUCAAGUCCCAUCGCUCAGUCUGUUGCUCUUUAAGGAGGUGUGGGUAACAUUUGCAAAAGACUUAGCAAAUACUGAAAGCAUAACCUUAAGUGUAAUAACUGUAAAUGUGUAUGUCUUUCUCAUUUGAUGUUUUAGCCUAAUGUGGUUUCAUGGAUAACUUUGUCAGAGACAAAUUAACUGAAUGGAACUUCAGUGAGUAUAUUGACAGAUUCAAAGAUGAAAAAAUUGACAAAGAGAGUUUCCUGCUCCUAGAUGAAAAAGCCUUUGCCAACUUGAUUCCAAAACUUGGUCCAAGGUACAAAUUUCAAGAGAAACACAAGGCGAUACAAAAGGAGUUAGAAAAUGAUGGGACAGCAACUGACAGCCAAGUACAAACAUCCUCCACAAUGGCAUGGGCUUCCUUGGACCAGGCGGCAGCUCCCAGCAUUAGUCCACAAGGCAAAAUAAAAAAUCCUCCUACCUUCCCUUCAACCAGUACACCACCAAAGCAACAGUGUUUUCCCAAACCUACACAACCAACCUCUAAAUUCGAGAGACAAGCCAUGAAGGCAGCAGAGACGUGUGUGACACAAGUCCUUGAGAAACUAAAAACUCUUCCCAAGAAGGAAUUCAUUGACUACCUCAAGGGUAAAAUGACAAAGUUAAGGACAGGUGUUAAAAACAAAGUCUUAGUUGGAGUAUUUGGGAAGACAGGAGCUGGUAAGAGCUCUUUGAUAAAUGCCAUCUUGGGUGAGCCGAAUUGUCUGCCCAAUGGUGCAAACAUCAGCGCGUGUACCUCAGUCAUGAUUCAGGUGGAGGCCAACAUGACUAACUACAGCUACGAGGCAGAAA